AUGGCACAUCUUGAAGCGGAGAUUCGGCGGCUUGAGCAAGCCCUCGAUCUGGCGCCGGAAAAUCAUUCCGAUGAAGCUACUCAACUUUGGAGCAUCGGAACCAUGUAUUCUGCUAAAUACCAAAAAGCGUGGGUAGUGGCAGAUCUUGAGGCGGCCAUUCAACGACUGCAAGAGGCCCUCAACAUUGUACCAGAUGACCAUCCCGAACGGGCAAAUUGGCUGCAGAGCCUUGGAAUAUGGUACCGGGACAAGUAUAAAAGAAAAGAAGUGACAUCAGACUUAGGAGCAGCCAUUGAAUUACUGAAAAAAGCUCUCGACCUUACACCAGAUGAAGAUCCGGAUCGAGCAAGCCGACUUCAAAACUUAGGGAUCGCAUAUAAUAUCAGGUAUGACAGGACAGAAGCCACAGGGGAUCUUAAUGACGCCGUUCAAUUACUUCAAGAUGCUCUCGAUCUUACACCAAAUCAUCAUCCCGAUCGCGCGUAUCGACUUGAAAGCCUCGGAAGCGGUCAUUUAGAUGUUUACAGGAUGUCAGGAGAAAUGGCAGAUCUCGAGGUAGCCAUUCGAGAACUGCAAGAAGCCAGUGACAUUACACCAAAUGGUCACAAAUAUCGAGCAACGCGGAUUGGCAGCCUCGGAUUCGGUUGGGGAAUAAAAUACCAAACAACAAAAGAAAUAGACGAUCUCAAAACGGCCAUUCAAUGCUUCCAAGAGGCCCUGGAUAUCACGCCAUCAUAUCACCCUGAUCGGGCAUCGCAACUUCAAAACCUCGGAAAUGGAUAUCGUUGUAGGUUUAAUGCAUUAGGAGAAUCAUCAGAUCAAAAUAUAGCCCUUCAACGAUUACAAGAAGCCCUUGAUAUCACGCCGGUAGAUCAUCCUAGGCGAGCACAGCGAUUUUACAGUCUUGGCACUAUUUAUAACGAUCGAUAUGAGGAAACAGGAGAUAUGGCGGACCUUGAGGUGGCUAUUCAAAGGUUUCAAGAGGCCUUGAAUAUCACACGAGAGGACCAUCCUGACCGAAUAAAACGACUUGAGGCCCUAGGGAACGCGUUUCAUGAUAGAUAUUAUUCAACAUCAGCAGCUGAGAACCUCGACAUGGCAAUUGAGCAAUUCCAGGAGGCUCUGGAUCUUACAACAGAAGGCCAUUUCGAUCGAGCACACCAUCUUCACAAUCUGGCAUUGGCGCUAUGGGAUUUAUACGGAGAGACAGGGUCACUGGUAGACCUCGAGAUUGCAAUCCAACGAACACAAGAGGUCCUCAGGAUCACUCCGGAUGAUCAUCCCAUGCGAGCUAAUCGACUUCAAUUGCUUGGAUGUGGUUUCUUGGAUAAAUGCGAAAGAACAGGAGCAAUGGCAGAUAUUGAAAUGGGCAUUGAGCAAAUCGAAGAGGCUGUCGAUAUUACGUCAGACGAUGACCCCAGUCGCCCUGUUCAGUUCCAUCGUCUGGGCGACGGAUAUAGACUGAAAUACGAGCGCACAGGAGCGAUAAAAGAUCUCCAGAUGCAAAUCCAACAUGGCCAACGAGCCCUCGAUGUCACAGCUGACGACGAUCCUGAUCGACCAAGGCGUCUAGAGAAUCUAGGGUUAGGGCUCAUGUCGAGAUAUGAGCGGACAGGAGCAAUGACGGACCUUGAGGCGGCCAUACAACUACUCCAAGAGGCACUCGACCCCACGUCAGAUAUAGACUUCGUAUCAGAUCGUGACUUCCUUUCAGAUGUCGACAUCGUGUCACAUAAAGACGUUAAUCGUGCAGAGCGAUUGCGGGGUCUCGGAGAUGGGUACGGAGCUAGGUAUGAGCGAACAGGAGCAAUGGCCGAUCUUGAGGCGGCGAUCCAACUGCUUGAAGAGGCCAUUGAUCUCACCCCAGAUAAACAUUACGAUCAACCGAAACAAUUGGGAAUACUUGGAAAUCACUAUAGACAGAUGUACAAACGGAAAAGGAGUUUGUCAGAUCUUGAGACAGCCGUUCAACACUUUCAAAAGGCCCUUGAUCUCACACCAGAUGACCAUCCUGAUCGAGCGACGCGAUUGCAGGACCUUGGUAACGGAUACGGUCUGAGAUAUGAGGAUGAGCGGACAGGGACAAAAUUGGAUGGCGAAAAUAGCAUUCGACUUCAACAAGAGGCUAUUGAUCUCACUCCUGAUGACCAUCCAGAUCGAGCAGGGCGACUGCAGAACCUUAGUGUCGAUUACUGUUCGAGAUAUGAGCAGAACGGGGUGAUACUAGAUCUUGAAACAGCCAUACGGCUUGCUCAGGAGGCCCUUGAUCUCACACCAGAGGACCACCCCGAUCGAGCAGCGAGACUGCGGAGUCUCAGUCUAGACUACAGUUUGAAAUAUGAGCAAACGAGAGAAAUGCCGGAUUUGGAGGUAGCGAUCGAAAAAUCACGAGACGGCCUCGUUCACAACCUAUCCCCUCCGAGCGAACGCUUAUUGUCUGGCAGGUUGUCACUCACUUUAUGCGCUGAUGCUCAGAAUUGGCUAUUGGCACAUGAAGUUGCUUUUAAAGCUGUGUCUCUUAUCCCUUUGCUCACACCUCGCUUCCUUGAGAAUUCAGAUAAACAAUAUUUGGUGAACCAUGUUGUCGGAUUAGCCUCGGACGCGGCAGCAGCAGCUGUGAUGGCCAAAAAAACACCUUAUGAUGCGAUUCAGCUUCUUGAACUCGGUCGCGGCAUUAUAACUGGCUCUUUGACUGACAUGCGUGCGGAUAUAUCCGAUCUUCAGCUGAAGCAUCCGGACCUUGCGGACGAGUAUUCUAAAUUCAGAGAUCAGCUUGAUAGUCCGAAAAUGUCGACACAAGGCAACCAGCGCCACGAUGUGGCACGUAAGUUUGAUGAUAUGGUUGAACAAAUCAGAGCCCUACCUGGGUUUGACAGGUUUCUCUUGGCGCCAACUCGAGACGAGGUCAAGGCUGCUGCAGUCUAUGGCCCAGUCGUGUUUAUUAACGUGAGCGAUUACAGUUGCGAUGCAUUUAUCAUUGAGGAGGAGCAAAUCAGAACUGUACAUCUUCAUCGUCUCCGAAGUGAACAUGUCCGCACCCGCGCAAAGGGCCUCGAAUCACUGGAGUUGGAGCUACUGGAGUGGCUCUGGGAAACAGUGGCUGAGCCGGUCUUGGAAGCGCUGGGGUUUAUCGAUCUGCCUGUCAAUCAGUGGCCGCGUAUUUGGUGGAUUCCUACUGGAGUUCUGGCUAGAUUCCCCAUCCACGCGGCAGGACACCAUUCUGAUGGGUCUUUCAAAACCGUCUUAGACAGGGUGAUCUCAUCUUACAGCUCAUCUGUGAGAGCCAUACUGACAGGACGGCGGAACCGACCGACAGUGAGUGUGUUCGCAAACUCGGAAAAGGCAGUAUUCGUUGGCAUGGGAGAGACACCCGGUUUUAGCAGUCUCGAAUUUGCAUCACAAGAAAUCGAGGAGCUCGCAAAGUUGUGUAAUUCUGCGGAGUUACAAGCAACUCGGCCUCCAUCCCUUCGGCAAGAUGUGCUUACAGCGUUACAAGAUUGUAAAGUAUUCCAUUUCGCGGGUCAUGGGUUUUCCGAUCCGCUGGACCCGUCAAGAAGCUCCUUGCUACUCACCGAUGAGCCCCUCACUGUAGCAAGUCUUUUUGAAACCACCAUUCACAACCGCAAGCCAUUCCUUGCUUACCUGUCUGCCUGUGGGACGGGCCAAGUCAGGGACGAUGGACUGAUCGAUGAAGGACUUCAUCUGAUCGGAGCAUGCCAGCUGGCGGGCUUCCGACAUGUUAUUGGUACCCUCUGGGAAGUCAACGACAAAUCUUGCGUAGAUAUCGCGAUUGAGACCUAUACCUGGAUGCAAAAGCAGCAUAUGAGCGACAAGUCUGUAGGCGAGGGACUUCACCAUGCGUGCAGGAAACUACGCGGUCAAUGGGUCUCAGAGAACGGUUUACGAGAUGCUUCAAGACGUGGAACAAGGCUCAGACGUCAGGAGGCUGAUUCGGUGCCGACAGAACAGGGCAGCGCGGCUGAAGGGAAGUUGAGAAAACUAAUCUACAUAGAGUCAUGUGGUGAUUCGCCUCUCUUAUGGGUUCCUUAUGUCCAUUUUGGUAGUUAG